UUCGGGGGCGCGCACGUUCUGGGGUCCCGCCAAGUUUCGGUUGGUUGUUUUUGAAUAUCAGCGAUGGAGGACGAGAAGAGGGCGCGGGAGUUUGUAUCCGCGGAGUUGAAACGAUCUCCGGACCUGAGUGCGAUCACGCACUGCAUCGUCCGUGAGAGAUACCUCCGUCACAUCGGCCUUGAUUCGCUGAGCAAGGAAGACAGACAGCGGCUCAAGCGAAUAGUCGAGGAGGAGCUGCUGAAAAUGCAGAAGAGUGAUAACGAUUCGAGCGACGAUGAACCCCUUAUUCUUAAAGUGGUGCGUCCCAAGACAGGGGGGACCCCCCCAGGGCAGGAAGGGGUCCCCAAAACCAAGCGCAAGAGGGAGUCCAGCGAGGAGGGGAGAGGAGGAGGAGGGAGAGAGAAAAAGACAAGACUGGAUCUGAUCAACCCAAAUUCUCCUGAUUCUGGCAUUGAGAGGCCAGGGAAAGGAGAGAGCGAGGGAUCCGAAGGAGGAGAGGAAGAGGAGGAGGAGAGGAAGCAGGGAAAGAGCCGGCCCGAGAGACAGAGAGGAACGAAACGGGGAGGGGAGGAGGAGGAGGAGAGAGAGGAGUCUGGAGAGAGUGAGGGAGGAGAGGGAAAGAAAGGAAAGAAAAAAAGAACUGUUUUGGAAUCGGAGGAGAGUGAAACCGAGAGGAGCGAGGGAAGGAAACGGCAGGCAAAGAAACGAGAGAGCGAGGAGGAGGAGAGAGAGAGCGAGGGAUCAGAGAGCGAGGAGGAAGAGAGAGAGAGCAAGGGAAGGAAACGGCAGGCAAAGAAACGAGAGAGCGAGGAGGAGGAGAGAGAGAACGAGGAGGAGAGAGAGAGCAAGGGAAGGAAACGGCAGCCAAAGAAACGAGAGAGCAAGGAGGAGGAGGAGAGAGAGAGCGAGGGAUCAGAGAGUGAGGAGGAAGAGAGAGAGAGCAAGGGAAGGAAACGGCAGCCAAAGAAACGAGAGAACGAGGAGGAGAGAGAGAGCAAGGGAAGGAAACGGCAGCCAAAGAAACGAGAGAGCGAGGAGGAGGAGAGAGAGAGCGAGGAGGAGAGAGAGAGCAAGGGAAGGAAACGGCAGCCAAAGAAACGAGAGAGCGAGGAGGAGGAGGAGAGAGAGAGCGAGGGAUCAGAGAGCGAGGCAGAGCUGGGGCUGAAAAGAAAGAAGGGAGGAGCGAGAAAGAAGGGGAGCCAAAGAGAGGAGCCGAAGAAGGGAACAAAACAGCAGAGGAGUGAAAGUGAGGAGGAGGAGAGCGACUCCGAACCCGCGAAAAAGAAGGGAGCGAGAAAGCAGCAGAGAAAGAAAGCGCCGGGAGAGAGGGGCGAGAGAAAGAUGGGAACGAAACAGAAGCAGGGAAGAGAGAAAGCAGAGAGCGAGGGAUCAGAGAGCGAGGGAGAGCCAGGGAAGAAAGGAAAGGAGAGAGGGAGCGAAGAGGAGGAGGAGGAGGAGGAGAGCGACAUGGAAGUAACGGAGAGAGAGAAGGAGAAAGAGGAAGAGGAGCAGGGCAGCACCAGCGAUGACUCCUCUCUCCCCUCUCUGGACGAGGACGAGCGCAAACCAGUCAAGAACGCCAAACCAGUAAAGAACGCCAAACCAGUAAAGAACACCGCGGGAGAGAAGCAGAGCAAGAGAAAGAAGUCGGGGUCCCCCCAGGCCGGGGAGGAAGAGCACCCCUCGAUCCGCCGUCUCAAGCGCUGUGUGGUGGCGUGCGGGGUGCGCCGGAACUACAAGCGGCUGUUUGAGGGGUGCAGGUCCAACAAGGCCAAGAUCGGGGUGCUGAGGAGAGAGCUGGAGGAGCUGGGGGUGCAGGGGAACCCAUCUCUUGAGAAAUGCAAGAGAGCAAAGCUGAGACGCGAGGAGAAGGCAGAGCUGGCAUCGCUGGACCUGAGCAACAUCAUCGAAGCAACGGGGCGCCCCCGGAGGAAGGCUGCAGCUGUGUGGGACCCCUUCACGUCGCCCCGAGCCCCUCUGUCGCCCCCUAGAGAGGACUACAGGAAGUGCGUGCAGUCAGAGUCCGAAUCGGGGUCGGACCAGGAGAACGGGAGCCACGGACCCGGGGGGAAGAGAAGGGUGACGGACUGGGAGAACCUGCGGGGAAUCAUCAGCGACGACGCGGAGAGCGACUGAGAUCGGGUUUUUUUUUUUUUUUUUUGGAGAACGGAGGAGAAUUUCGACUUUUUUUUUGUACAGUCUUGAAUGAACUUUUUAGUGUUUUUUUUUUAUAUAACUAUAUAAAUUGGAAAAUGUUUGCAUAAUAAAUUAUUAAAAGCUGUUGUAUUA